AUGCCCAUCCCCAUCAUCACCACAGCAAUAACAGAGGGCACGAACUCCAUCCCGCACCUAUGGACAGUUCUCAAAAUCCUCCCCUGGGCGGUCCUCCUCGCCGCCCUGAAAUAUUAUUUCGGGGGCGCCAGAAAUACCUCUGAGCGGUUGAUGCAUUCGAAAGUCGUUAUGAUAACUGGCGGCACAUCCGGCAUCGGCGCGCAAGUAACCUCCGCCCUGGCCUCGCGCGGCGCCCAAAUCAUCCUCCUAACACAGCACCCCCCCACGGACAUCUUCCUGGCCGAAUACAUCGAGGACCUCCGCCGCAGCACCAACAACCAACUAAUCUACGCCGAGCAAGUCGAUCUCUCGUCUCUGCACUCCAUCCGCACCUUCGCGACGAAAUGGAUCGACAAUGUGGCGCCGCGACGCCUGGACAUGGUGAUUCUCUGCGGGAAUGCGGCGCCGCCUGUAUCCCAGAAACGGAAGUUGACCGUGGAUGGCAUCGACGAGGAGUGGAUGGUGAAUUACCUGGCGAAUUUCCAUCUGUUGAGUAUCCUGUCUCCGGCGUUGCGGGCGCAGCCGGCGCAUCGGGAUGUGAGGGUUGUGUUUACGACGUGCUCGAGUUAUAUUGGGGCUAAAUGGGAUCUGAGGCAGGUGGAGGCUUCUGCUGCCAUUACUGCUGCUGCUGCUGCGAAUGCGGAGGGGGAUAAUGGUGACGGGAGAAGGGUGGUGAUGAAGAACGGCAAGCUACAACGGGAGAAGCCCAAGAGUAAGAAGAAGAAGACUAAGGGAGUCAGUUUGUAUGGGCUGAGCAAGCUCUCGCUUAUGGUGUUUGCGCAAUCGUUCCAGAAACAUCUGAAUUCGUUUAAGCGGCCGGAUGGACAGCCGUGCAGUGCGCGGGUGAUUAUGGUGGAUCCGGGGUUUAGUCGCACUCCGGGGAUGAGACGGUGGAUGACGGGGGGAUCGUUGUGGGGAUUGUUGGUGUAUCUGGUGACAUGGCCGGUGUGGUGGUUGGUGUUGAAGUCGCCGCAGCAGGGGGCGCAGAGUGUGCUGUAUGCGGCGAUGGAGGCGGAGUAUGGGCGUGGUGAGGGGGGUUGGAUGAUUAAGGAGUGCAAGGAAGUGGAUUUGGCAAGGAAGGAGGUGAAGGAUGAGGAGGCCGGGAAGAUGCUGUGGGAGUUUAGUGAGAAGUUGAUUGAGGCUAAAGAGAGGGAGUCCGCGGUGCGGAGGGCGUUGGCGAAUAAGGAGAAGGAGGUGGCAGAGGAGAAUGAGAAGAAUAAGGCAUCGGGGUCGGGGGCGAAGGAACAGACGCCGGGGUCGAGGAGGAGUCGGAAGGGGAAAUAG